GGAAGAGUGUAAAACCCAAAAGCCAGAGGAGUGGGAGGGAACAAAGAAAACAAAGACAACAAAGAAAGCAGAGAAACUUCUGCUUUCAAACACACCUUCCUUCUUUCUUCUUCUGAAAAAUAUUUGGGUUUGUUGAAUGGUUCAAGCUUCUCAUUCUUUUUCAUUAAUCAAGUAUAUAAUUUUUCUCUAAUUCUUUUAUUAUUAUUUUUUAUUGUUCUAAACCCAUACAUCAAUAAAAGUUGUACUAAAAGGAAGGGAAAGAAGUUAGAAGAAUUCUUUGUAUCUGAAUUCAAAGGAAGUGGAAGUAGACGCGGUACCAACCUCAAGUUUCUGAUCUGAUCAAAUCUCUGUCAAAAUGGCUGCUACUAUUAGUCCUGCGGUUGGGUCUCUUGUUUGGGUGGAGGAUCCUGAUGUAGCUUGGGAAGAUGGUGAAGUUGUGGAGGUUCAUGGUGAAGAAAUUAAGGUCCUAUGCACUUCAGGGAAGACAGUUGUUGUUAAAGCUUCCAAUGUCUGCCCUAAAGAUGCUGAAGCCCCACCAUGUGGAGUGGAUGAUAUGACAAAGCUGGCUUAUUUGCAUGAACCGGGAGUCCUAGACAAUUUAAGAUCAAGAUAUGAUAUCAAUGAGAUAUACACUUACACAGGAAAUAUAUUGAUUGCUGUGAACCCUUUUAGAAGACUACCACAUCUUUAUGAUAGCCAUAUGAUGCAACAAUAUAAAGGGGCAGCCUUUGGCGAGCUGAGCCCACAUCCGUUUGCUGUUGCAGAUGCUGCAUACAGACUUAUGAUUAAUGAAGGAGUGAGUCAGUCAAUAUUGGUCAGUGGUGAAAGUGGGGCCGGUAAAACUGAAAGCACAAAAUUGCUCAUGGCUUAUCUUGCUUACAUGGGAGGGAGAGCUGCUGCUGCUGAGGGGAGGACUGUUGAGCAGCAAGUCCUGGAGUCCAAUCCUGUUCUGGAAGCAUUUGGUAAUGCAAAGACUGUUAGAAACAAUAACUCGAGUCGUUUUGGUAAGUUUGUGGAGAUUCAAUUUGACAAGAUGGGGAGAAUUUCAGGAGCUGCUAUCAGAACUUAUUUGCUAGAAAGAUCACGUGUUUGCCAGGUGUCUGAUCCUGAGAGAAAUUAUCACUGUUUCUAUAUGCUUUGUGCUGCACCACCAGAGGAUGUUCAGAGGUACAAAUUGGGAAACCCAAGAACAUUUCAUUACUUGAAUCAAACAAAUUGCUUUGAGUUGGAUGGGGUUGAUGAUUCAAAGGAAUAUAUUGCAACUCGGAGGGCAAUGGAAGUUGUUGGAAUAAGUACUUAUGAGCAGGAUGCAAUAUUUCGAGUUGUGGCCGCAAUUCUGCAUCUUGGGAACAUUGAAUUUACAAAAGGGGAGGAAACAGACUCGUCCAAGCCCAAAGAUGAAAAAUCUUGCUAUCAUCUAAGAACUGCGUCUGAGCUUUUCAUGUGUGAUGCAAAGGCACUAGAAGAUUCUCUUUGCAAACGUGUAAUUGUAACCCGUGAUGAAACUAUCACAAAAUGGCUGGAUCCAGAAGCUGCAGCUACCAGUAGAGAUGCUUUGGCUAAAAUUGUCUAUGCGAGGUUGUUUGACUGGCUUGUGGAUAGAUUAAAUAGUUCAAUUGGUCAAGACCCGGAGUCAAAGUUCUUGAUUGGUGUUCUGGAUAUUUAUGGAUUUGAGAGUUUCAAGACAAACAGUUUUGAGCAAUUUUGCAUCAAUCUCACCAAUGAGAAGCUUCAGCAACAUUUCAAUCAGCAUGUUUUCAAAAUGGAGCAAGAAGAAUAUACAAAAGAGGAAAUUGAUUGGAGUUACAUUGAGUUUGUUGAUAAUCAAGAUAUUCUAGAUCUUAUUGAAAAGAAACCUGGUGGCAUUAUUGCUCUCUUGGAUGAGGCUUGUAUGUUUCCAAGAUCAACACACGAGACAUUUGCCCAAAAGCUAUACCAGACAUUCAAAAAUCAUAAUCGCUUCACCAAACCAAAAUUAUCGCGUAGUGACUUCACAAUUUGCCAUUAUGCUGGUGAUGUCACUUAUCAAACAGAACAAUUCCUGGACAAGAACAAGGACUACGUUGUUGCUGAACAUCAGGCACUUUUGAGUGCUUCGAAAUGCUCCUUUGUGGCAGGUUUAUUUCCACCUUCAGCUGAGGACUCAUCCAAAUCAUCAAAGUUCUCUUCAAUAGGUUCGCGGUUCAAGCAACAAUUGCAACAGUUGCUUGAAACUCUUAGUUCCACUGAGCCGCAUUACAUUCGUUGUGUAAAACCCAAUAAUCUUCUUAAGCCAGCAAUCUUUGAGAAUAAAAAUGUUCUACAACAACUACGGUGUGGGGGAGUGAUGGAGGCAAUUAGGAUAAGUUGUGCUGGAUUUCCUACUAGAAAACCCUUUGUUGAAUUUGUAGACAGGUUUGGCCUCCUAGCACCUGAAGUUUUGGAUGGAAGUUCUGAUGAGGUCGCUGCUUGCAAGAGGCUUUUAGAGAAGGUGGGACUUAAAGACUAUCAGAUUGGUAAAACUAAGAUAUUUCUUAGGGCUGGUCAGAUGGCAGAACUAGAUGCCCUUAGGAGUGAGGUGUUAGGAAGAUCAGCCAGCAUUAUUCAAAGGAAAGUCCGGUCUUAUUUGGCUCGCAAAAGUUAUGUCUUGGUGCGUCGGUCUGUUAUACAACUUCAAUCAGCAUGCCGAGGACAACUUGCUCGGCAAGUUUACGAGGGCAUGCGAAGAGAAGCUUCCUGUCUGAUGAUCCAGAGAGCCUUGCGCAUGUAUCUUGCUAGGAAAGCUUACACAGAAUUGUAUUCCUCUGCCGUUUCUAUUCAGAGGGGAAUGCGUGGAAUGGCCGCUCGUACUGAGCUACACUUUAGAAGGCAGACUAAAGCAGCAAUUAUUAUUCAGAGCCAGUGUCGCAAAUUCUUGGCACGGCUACAUUAUAUGAAGAUAAAGAAAGCUACAAUUGCGACACAGUGUGCAUGGAGAGGAAGAGUUGCUCGAAAAGAACUACGCCAGCUUAAGAUGGCUGCAAGGGAGACUGGUGCUCUUCAAGCUGCCAAAAAUAAAUUGGAAAAGCAAGUUGAAGAAUUGACAUGGAGAUUACAACUGGAGAAACGCAUGAGGGCCGAUGUAGAGGAAGCUAAAACACAAGAAAAUGAAAAACUACAGUCUACUUUGCAAGAGAUGCAGCUUCAGUUUAAGGAAACAAAAGCAAUGCUUGAGAAGGAACGUGAGGCUGCAAAAAGGACAAUAGAGAAGGUCCCUGUUAUACAGGAGGUUCCGGUUAUUGACAAUGAAAUGUUGGAGAAGCUUACCAGUGAAAAUGAAAAGCUGAAGUCCAUGGUUGGUUCACUGGAAAAGAAAAUUGAUGAAACUGAGAAAAGAUAUGAAGAGGCAAACAAAAUUAGUGAAGAGCGGUUGAAGAAAGCUUUGGAGGCAGAAUCAAAAAUAAUUCAGCUAAAGACUGCCAUGCAAAGGCUUGAAGAAAAAUUUUCUGACAUUGAAUCUGAAAAUCAAAUUCUUCGGCAGCAAACCUUUCUAACUCCUGUAAAAAAGGCACCAGAGCAUCCGACAACUCCAGCAACUCAGAGACAGGAAAAUGGUCAUUAUGUGAGUGAUGAGGACAAAGCUAAUGAAUCCCAGAGUGCAACACCUGUAAAGAAAUUUACUAUGGAGUCUGAUAGCAAGUUCAGAAGAUCCAAUGCUGAGCGGCAACAUGAGAACGUUGAUGCUCUUAUUAGCUGUGUCAUGAAAAACAUUGGGUUCAGUCAAGGGAAGCCUGUUGCAGCAUUUACCAUCUACAAAUGUCUUCUCCACUGGAAAUCUUUUGAAGCUGAAAGGACUAGUGUAUUUGAUCGUCUCAUCCAGAUGAUUGGUUCGGCCAUUGAGGAUCAAGAUGACAAUAAUCAUAUGGCUUAUUGGUUAUCAAAUACAUCUACUUUAUUGUUCUUGCUCCAAAAAAGUCUGAAGGGGUCUGGUGCAAGUGGUGCAUCUGCUCGGAAACCUCCUGCUCCAACAUCCCUCUUUGGGAGGAUGACAAUGGGUUUUCGCUCUCCUUCUUCUGCCAAUCUUCCUGUUUCUGCAUUUGAUGUAGUACGCCAGGUAGAAGCUAAAUACCCAGCUUUGCUUUUCAAGCAGCAGCUCACAGCCUAUGUGGAGAAAAUAUAUGGAAUUAUCCGAGACAACUUGAAGAAGGAGUUGUCAUCGUUGCUGUCCUUAUGUAUCCAGGCACCAAGAACGUCAAAGGGAGUACUAAGAUCUGGGCGGUCCUUUGGAAAAGAUUCUCCAACGAAUCACUGGCUAAGCAUUAUUGAAGGCCUCAACACUCUUCUCAGUACACUGAAAGAUAAUUUUGUGCCUCCAGUUCUUGUCCAGAAGAUCUACACUCAAACUUUCUCAUAUAUCAACGUACAACUCUUUAAUAGUCUUCUUCUACGUCGUGAGUGUUGUACAUUUAGCAAUGGGGAAUAUGUUAAAGCUGGGUUAGCUGAGUUGGAGCUAUGGUGCUGCCAAGCAAAAGAAGAGUUUGCAGGCUCAUCAUGGGAUGAACUUAAGCACAUAAGACAGGCUGUUGGGUUCUUGGUCAUACAUCAGAAAUAUAGAAUUUCCUACGAUGAAAUCACCCAUGACCUGUGCCCUAUCCUAAGUGUUCAGCAGCUGUACAGAAUAUGUACGCUCUACUGGGAUGACAACUAUAAUACUCGAAGUGUGUCUCCAGAUGUUAUUUCUAGUAUGAGGGUACUUAUGACAGAGGAUUCCAACGAUGCUGAGAGCAAUUCCUUCUUGUUGGAUGACAACUCUGGCAUCCCCUUCACGGUUGAUGACCUUUCUACUACUCUGCAAGAGAAAGAAUUCUCCGAUGUCAAACCAUCAGACGAACUUAUUGAGAAUCCAGCCUUCCAAUUUUUAAGUGAGUAGGCUAUGGUGGCUCAAGCAUGCCUUUCUCGGGUUUUCGUCCUGGUAUAUGGUGCAUUCAGAUUCUCUGGUCAUUGCAGUGGUGGUUGUAAAUUCCUUAUCCAUCUCUUUCUUAUUGUUUUUUUACCCCUUGUCAACGCCCCUGUUGAAAAAUUAAUUUUUUAUUCAUUUAUUAUAGCAUUCAAUUUGUACAAUGUUUAUAGUUGAUGGGGGCGGGGAUAUAUAGUUUUUGGUGGUGUGCAUUCUUUGUGAGGAUGGUUUUGUUUUCUGCCAUUGGGCAGGCAUUUUUUUAUAGGGAGUUUAGGAGAUUGUUGUUCUUUGGUGGCUGAGAUAUUGCUAUCUCCACCCAAUUUUUUGUUGUAUAAAAGAAACAAGUUUAUGAACAUAUAUACAAAGAGUCUUAGAUUAA